ACAUCCGGAGGUGCUGGGUACUGCAUAAAGCCGCGGCCGCGGCAGUUUGCCUCCGACAGCAGAUCUGGGCUAUUCUCGGCUACAGGAGCGGCUGCUCCAAUGCCCCAGAGCGGCCAUGGGCGCCCCGCACUGGUGGGACCAGCUGCAGGCUGGUAGCUCGGAGGUGGACUGGUGCGAGGACAACUACACCAUCGUGCCUGCCAUCGCCGAGUUCUACAAUACGAUCAGCAACGUCUUGUUUUUCAUUUUACCGCCCAUCUGCAUGUGCUUGUUUCGUCAGUAUGCCACAUGCUUCAACAGUGGCAUCUAUUUAAUAUGGACUCUCCUAGUAGUAGUUGGAAUUGGAUCUGUCUAUUUCCAUGCAACCCUAAGUUUCCUGGGUCAGAUGCUCGAUGAGCUUGCAAUCCUUUGGGUUCUGAUGUGUGCUCUGGCCAUGUGGUUCCCCCGAAGGUAUCUGCCAAAGAUCUUUAGGAAUGACAGGGGCAGAUUCAAGGCGGUGGUCUGUGUCCUGUCUGUGGUUACAACAUGCCUGGCGUUUGUCAAGCCCGCCAUCAACAACAUCUCUCUGAUGACUCUGGGGGUUCCUUGUACUGCGCUGCUCAUCGCAGAGCUGAAGAGGUGUGACAAUGUACGUGUGUUUAAGCUGGGCCUCUUCUCGGGCCUGUGGUGGACCCUCGCCCUCUUCUGCUGGAUCAGUGACCGGGCCUUCUGUGAGCUGUUAUCAUCCUUCCACUUCCCCUAUCUGCACUGCGUGUGGCACAUCCUCAUCUGCCUUGCUGCCUAUCUGGGUUGCGUGUGCUUCGCCUACUUCGAUGCCGCCUCAGAGAUCCCUGAGCAAGGGCCGGUCAUCAAGUUCUGGCCCAGUGAGAAAUGGGCCUUCAUCGGCGUCCCCUAUGUGUCCCUCCUGUGUGCCAGCAAGAAGUCACCAGUCAAGAUCACGUGAUGUCAAGGCAGUGGCUGGCUUCUCUGCUUGUUUUCCUUCACACACUGGGCUUCGUUUGCUAGCGAGGGCAGCCAAGGGGGUUCUAAGAAUUGGUGUAGGGUGUAUCUUUUAAAAAUUCUGUUCCCUUGGGCUCUAACUAGUGUGUGUCUGGACUGCUAGGGUCCCACUGUGCCCCGGGAGAAGACGGAAAGCAGAGGGCAUAGGGACACUAGGUGAACUUUCUCAGCGUCACUUCCAGAUGCACUGGUGUGUUGGGCUUCAUUCUUCAUGGUGGUGGCAGAGCAGUCCCUUGGGGGAUCCAGGGCUACCCAGUGCUUCUUUCUGGAGAAAGCUGGCCUGCUCCAGACGCCACCCUCCCAGGCACUCUUGGAGUGGACUCUUGACAGACGGACUCUCCGACUCUCUAAUGAAAGGUGCCAGAGAUGUUCAUUUGGGGAAACUGUCUUUCAACCAAACCAAACAAAACACACACAGGGCUGUGGCUCCAGAGGCUAGUUUUUCACUUACACCUCUCAACUAACCCUGGUUGCACAUGUACUGUGAGUCCUUUUACUACUACCUCUGCUGAGAGAUGGAGACUUAACUUCAGAGAGGGUGAAGCUAAUGACUAACUCUCUAUGCCAAAAACUGCACUCCACUUUAAGCUGUUCUUGAAGAUGAGCACAACUUAUAAAUGUUGACAUCGUUUCUGCCCGCCUCCUCCAGCCCAGUGGCUUCAAAUACACAGAGAAGAAUAGCUAUGGUGUUAAGAUUCCAUACACAGCCCACCCUCCCUACCGUUUGAUUACCAAAAGGGCUCCAUGAAGUUUUUUCAAACUUUCUCAUUUAAAGUCUCCAGUAUACUAUACUGUUUUGGAAACUACCUUUAAAGGUCUCACCUCUGACUUUCUCGGAUAAAUCCUGUGGGAAUUAUGCUCCACACUCUCACAGUACAUGGUGCUUCCUGUGGUUUUAUCAGAGCAUUGGCUCACUUUUCUCAGAUAUUGGCAAUAAUCACACACUGAUUGGCUGGUGCAGGGGGGCAAAUCUUGCCUUCUGGGUUUUUCUUACCUGGCUGCAAUGAGUCACUGUGCUCCAAUGACACCAGGACUGUCUUCAGGGCAGCAGAUGGGCAUUACCAACCUCAGGGACUCUCAUUUUAACUCAGGCAUCCUCUGCUUUGUAACAUUCCUGGUUGGGAGAAGGCAGGACAGAUAGGCUAUUCUGUCCUUUUCCUAUGGGUAGGAGUCAUGUCACUGUGUUGAAGGUCUAAGUUUUGGGAGCAGCAGUGUUUGGCAUGUCUAGGAACUCUUCCUCUAGUUAAGAGUUUGCAUAGGAUUCAAAGUGAAAGGCCAAUAUGUAACUGAGUUCAGAGUUUAAAAAGAAUAAUUGUAUUCCACUUGGGUGGUUUUCAAAUUUUACAUGUAACUCACUGGAUUAUUUCCUGUUUCUUCCUGUAAUAAGAAAUAUUUAUGAAACGCAAUGCAUGAAAUAAAUUCUAUUUUAUGAACUUAAAUAUUAAGUUUAAAUUGAUAGCAUUUACCUAAUAACAUAUCCAGGCAGUGAAAAUACAAAUUAACAAAUUGGUGCUUUCCAAGGCAGAAAAAUCUUGUAUUGAAUGAAUGUACAUUUUAUUUUAUUAUAAUUUUAAAAUAUAUUUUAAAUCAUUUUAAAUUGAAUAUCUGCAGAACCCCUAAUGUGAUUCUCUAAAUCCUGCUGAUUGGUAGACUAGAACUGCUGUGAAGUCCUUUGGGUUUCAAGUCUAGAAUUUUAAAAAGAGAAAUAUCAGACCAUUCUCAUUUCAGGUUGACCUUACCAGGCAUGAAUUAUUGUCUCAUCUAUUUUACAGGAUAAAAAUUCUGUUAACUAGAGGGUUUGGCAUAUUUAAAGCCCAGGUGUCUUAGUAUGGAAUCCAGGAGCAGGAGAGGCAGAUUGUAAGAAAUGGUUCUUUUAGUAUAAGUUUAAUUUGUCCUGAAGGUUCCCUAGUAACAGGAGGAUUAUCCUAACAUUCAAGGAGAGACUAUUUAUCUUUACCAAAGAAAGGACAUAUUCCCUAGGGGCUCUGCCUACACUCCCACCUCCAGACCCUGGAAAUAGGGAUAACAUAUUACAUGGAUGGGUAUAUUUGAAUGGGCCUGUGAAAAAGAAAAUACAUACCCUGACUCACUGAGCUAUUUCUAUCCCUCUUCUACAAGAAAAAUGACUAAGUGAAGAUGUCAGGAGUGGUUUUGUUAUGAAAAGCAGUAUGCCCAUCUAGAGAUUGUUUCCAAAGAAAUGAGAACUAAGGGGGGGGGAGUAGAAUGGAGUAUAUUUGAGAGGACAAAACAUAACUCUACUUUUGAACAGAAAUCACUACAGCUUGCCAGCAUGGGAUGAUAAAGCAAGAGAGUAGAAAUAUCCUCAUUUAUAUUUCAGUUGAGUUUAGGACAUCAUUUGUAUUUAUAACAAAGCACUACAUGCUUUUUAAGGAAAAUUGGGCAACUACAGAAAAAUUGUAGAAGAAGAAAAUAACCCAUAUCUUUAUUGCCCAACCAAAACCAUUGUUAAUAUUUUGAUAUUUGAAUAGAUUUCCUUAUUUUCUUUCUGUCUGCUUUUCCCUGGUGUAGUUGUAAAUAGAUAUCGUUUAGCAUUGACGGUUUAUCCUGUAGCUUAAAUGGAAUGUGAGUGUCCAUCGUGUAUUUUUCAUGAAGAGCAGGUGUGGAAUACACCAGUUAGCUAAGCACUGGAAUGCCUGUCACUGGGUUCUAAGACUUUCCACUGGAUCUUCUGUUUUAAUCAAACCUGACAUGAAUGGGCCUAAGAGAUGAUGAACUGAAUUAUGUUUUUUUGAUGUACUUCCCCCACCUGAAUCCAUCGAUGUGUCAUAGAAAACAGCUGUUAACUAUGGAACUUCAUAGAUUUUGAUGUGUUCAGAUAUUUUUAAAAAUGAAUAGCUUAUUUCAUUAAUUGUUGUACAAUCAAGAGUCUCCAUCCCUCCCUCAGUCCAAUAGACCUCACAGAUAGGAGUUAGGUCAUGGUGAUAGUUACUCAGAAUGGCGAUCAGGUUUUGUUCUGGUUAGAAUUUAUCCUAGAUCUAUAUCCGGGAACUGGAUUUAGGAUAGAAAAACCCAUUAAUGUUAUCAAUUGAUCAUUUUGCCCUGUGAUUCUUAUUUUAUAGUUGUUUGAUUGGUCAUUGAUUAUUAGAAAAAGAAAUCUUUGCACCCCUCUAUGGUUAUGUUGUAAAGCAAGCACUUGAAUGAACCUAUUGAAGUUAUGUGGGGAUGAGAUGUCAGCAUGGGCUACAUUUUGGGGGAACUCUGUGCCUGUCCAGUGAAGAGUGCCUGAAACAUUAAUUAUGGAUCAAAGAUUCUCUUUGGCAACAAAGAUUCAUGGUCAUCCCAGCCAGGUUUUGUAGAAAUACUGCCACCUCUUCCGUUGAUUGGAUUUCUCAGGUGUGUGAAAACCUCUCUCUCCAGUUCCUCAGGCUUCCGUGAGCCAGGACCAUGUUGGGGGCUCUGGGACUGGGAUUUGGAACUUCCUUGGUUCUCUGUCUUUUGGGGCCAUGGAACCAUCUCUGGGGGACAGGUGAGGGCGAAACUUGUCCGGCCAGGGCCCCUUCCUCAGCUUCUUCUCCUCAGUUGAACUUGAGACCUUUGCUAUCCAGGCUAAUCCUGGUGCUGUAGUUUCAGCUGGUCAAAGAAUCUUCCUGGCAGGUUGGAAUUCUUAGUGGAUUUUAUAGACAUUAUUCUCCUAUAGACUUAAAAAUACGGUCCCCCCUUGAAAGGCUUCAGUGUUGUAUCUUUUCCUACAUGUUAAACCAGAUUUAGAGACUAUUUUAUAACUCCAAUAUGUAAUCAGAGAAAAUACAGUAUUUUCAGAUACAUCCCUUGUUUUCUACUUCAUAGAGGGUGUGCUGGGAGCGUGGCUUGCCUCCUGGCAGGGGAGCGUUUAAUCUCCAUUGCUUUGGGAGCGAUUUAAGGCUUUUUGAAAUGGAGCUUUUGCACUUUAGGCUCUUUUUGUGAACUGUCUCUGAUAAUGAUGUUUAAUAUUAAAGCUGUAAAUGGCAUUUUCUGUGAAUAAAUAUGUAUAUGUUUUUAUCUA